CGGCUCCUCCCUGUUCUGCUUUCGUGGUCACGUAACUUUUUCCGAGUAACUGACGCAGUUUCAAAGUACAGUACGUGUGCACACAGAAUCGUGGGUAGCGAAUGAGAGUAAGAAACGGAAGCUUCUCGCCGUCUCCGAGUUUGGAAAAAGAUGUGUAGAAGAGUAAAAGUCCAGAAGGGAAUGAUCAGCACGUUCUUCCACCACCACAAGCACAAACGGCAGCCAUGACAGUCUAUCCUUUUCUUCUUCUGUAACUCUUCUUCUUCCCUCUUCACCACCCAGAUUUUCCGUCCCUUUUGUGGGUCUCCAGAGCAUAGCAGAAAGAGGAAAUCUGCGAAGGUUUCGUCAUGGCGUUGAAGGCGAUAAGCCUAACGCAUGUUCGCUACCAGAGAGGGGACAGGUUGGGGCUUUUCCUUGCUUGGAUCUCUCUCGUCCCCGUCUUCAUCAGCCUUGGUGGCUUCUUCUCCCACUUCAUCUUCCGCCGCGAGCUCCAGGCCAUCUUCUUUGCCCUCGGCCUCACCAUUUCCCAAUUCCUCAACGAGCUCAUCAAGAAAUCCGUCCAGCAAUCGCGCCCUGACACCUGCGCCGCGCUUGAGGCCUGCGACUCCCAUGGCUGGCCCUCCAGCCACUCCCAGUACAUGUUCUUCUUCGCCGUCUACUUUACCCUCCUCAGGAUCAGCCGCAUCCGCGCCGCAGCCGCCGCUUCUGUCACUGGGUUCGGGAAUUCCGGCUGGAAGUUCGUCAUCGCCCUGAUCCCUUGGCCUCUGGCCGUCCUCACCAUGUAUUCCAGGGUCUACUUGGGUUAUCACACCGUCGCUCAGGUCGUCGCUGGAGCCACGCUCGGGAUCAUCCUCGGUGGGAUCUGGUAUUGGAUGGUGAACUCUGUCCUUGUGCAGUACUUUCCAGCAAUAGAAGAGACGGCGAUCUGUCGGUACUUUUAUAUCAAAGAUACGACCCACAUACCGGAGGUGCUUAAGUUCGAGUAUGACAAUGCUAGGGCAGCAAGGAAGGCGGCGUUCAAGAGGAAGGAGUCGACCGAUUGAGUUGCGGGUUUUGGCCUUCUUCUGUGCCUCUUUUUUGACAUAUGGUAGCAGGCUUGCGUUAGGGGCUACAAAAUUAUCCAAUUUCAUGGAUCCCUCACAUUGACGGAUCAUGGAGGGCGGUUUCUUGAAGAUGACUUAAAUAAUUGAUGAUGGCGGCCUCUUGUUGUGGACAAGUAACUGGUUUAUUGCUCAAGAAUAACAUUGUUUUCCACAAUAUUUUACCUGUUUACAUUAAAACUCUUGUACACAACAGACUUGCCUACUUGCAAGAUUACAAUUUUUAGAUGGUGUACAACAGACGGUGUUAUGAAAAUACAUAUGUUACAGGUGCGAUUUA